AUGGCCGACCUUGAUCCCCGGAUGGCUUCCAUCAAGCCCAGAUUGAAAUACAAUACAAUUGCAGGUAUCAACGGCCCUCUGGUCAUCCUAGAUAAUGUCAAAUUCCCCAGAUACAACGAAAUUGUCAGUUUGACGUUACCUGAUGGCUCCACAAGAUCUGGUCAGGUCCUUGAAGCAAGAGGAAACAGGGCUGUUGUCCAAGUGUUUGAAGGAACCCCUGGCAUCGAUGUCAAGAAGACCAAAGUCGAAUUCACGGGUCAUAGCCUCAAGAUUGGUGUUUCGGAAGACAUGCUGGGCCGAAUUUUCGAUGGUUCAGGAAGAGCUAUAGAUAAAGGCCCCAAGGUAUUGGCCGAGGAUUACCUGGACAUCAAUGGAAGUCCCAUCAACCCAUAUUCGCGGGUUUACCCUGAAGAAAUGAUCUCGACAGGUAUUUCCGCCAUUGAUUGUAUGAACUCUGUCGCUCGAGGUCAAAAGAUUCCCAUCUUCUCUGCUGCCGGUUUACCUCACAACGAAAUCGCCGCCCAGAUUUGUCGGCAAGCAGGUUUGGUCAAGCAACCCCACAAAGGUGUCCAUGAUGAUCAUGAGGAAAACUUCAGCAUCGUCUUUGCCGCCAUGGGUGUUAACAUGGAAACCGCUCGAUUCUUCACCCGCGAUUUCGAGGAAAAUGGUUCCAUGGAAAGAGUCACAUUGUUUUUGAACUUGGCCAACGAUCCCACCAUUGAACGUAUCAUCACACCUCGACUUGCGUUGACCACAGCAGAAUACUACGCCUAUCAACUCGAAAAGCACGUUCUGGUCAUCUUGACCGAUUUGUCCGCAUAUUGCGACGCCCUUCGAGAAGUCUCUGCUGCUCGAGAAGAAGUUCCUGGUCGACGUGGUUAUCCGGGUUACAUGUACACCGACUUGUCCACCAUUUACGAACGAGCCGGUCGUGUUGAGGGCCGAAACGGAUCCAUUACUCAAAUUCCCAUCUUGACCAUGCCGAACGAUGAUAUCACUCAUCCCAUUCCCGACUUGACCGGAUACAUUACCGAAGGACAAAUCUUCGUGGAUCGACAAUUGUACAACAAGGGUGUCUACCCACCUAUCAAUGUCCUGCCGUCACUUUCUCGACUGAUGAAAUCUGCCAUUGGUGAAGGUUUGACCAGAAAAGACCAUGGUGAUGUAUCGAAUCAACUCUACGCCAAAUAUGCCAUUGGCCGUGAUGCCGCAGCCAUGAAAGCUGUCGUCGGUGACGAAGCUUUGAGUUCCGAAGACAAGCUUUCUCUCGAAUUCUUGGAGAAAUUCGAGAAACAAUUCAUCUCACAAAGUCCAUAUGACAAACGAACCAUCUUCGAUAGUUUGGACAUUGGCUGGAACUUGCUUCGAAUUUUCCCCAAGGAAUUACUCAACCGGAUCAACCCUAAAAUUCUUGAUGAAUUCUACUCAAGAAAGAGCCACAGCAAAAAGGAGAGGGGCCACAAAGACACCAGAGAUAACCAGGAUGGAGGGAAGCAGAUGAACGGGGAACCAAAUUUGUUGGAUGAUUAG